GUUAUCAAGUCGGCAUUUCGAGCGGUUCGUAUUCGUCUCAAGGAACUGAAAGAUCAUUUCAUCUGAUCUACAGGACUCUGCGCAAUCGUAAACAAAGUGUUUAUAUAAGUGUGGUCUUAUCAGAGGUGAAAGUAUAGAGCUCGAAGUGCAUUAUCAGAGUCGCAGUGCAGAUAACCCAUUUGAACCUUUAAUACCAUCUUUCGAAUCGGUAGACAAUUAAAUAUAACUGGGAAUACCUUGCGGCAUUAAUUUCUUCGAGUAUAUGACCAAACCACGUGAAUCAUUUUCUUUGUGACAAAUCAAAUUUUUUAAAAACAAACCUUUUAAAGGAUCAAUACAACAUUUUAUCAGAUUGCGACCUGCGAUCUGCGAGUGACAUGAUCGGAAAGCAGCGCAUUGCUUUGACCAGUUUGCUGGGACUAAUUCUGGCAUCCCUUGGACUGUUCUAUGUACUCAACUUGGAUCGUUUACAACGAUGUGCCCUGGAGUGGCUUAUGGUGCUUAAACCCAACUCAAUGAUAACAAAUCUCUGGGAGCAUCCGAGCCUUGCGAUGAGGGCAAAUGUUUACAUUUUCAACUGGACAAAUUCAGAGGAGUUUGACAAUCCGAAUGUAAAGCCACGCUUCCAAGAAUUGGGACCAUAUUCCUUUACAGAAAAGAUCCAGAAACUUAACAUCACGUGGAACGACAAUUCCACGGUUUCCUACAUGAGAAAGAGCCGCUUUACUUUCGAUCCUUCGGCCAGCGUGGGGAAAUUAACGGAUGUCGUAGUCACACCCAAUACUUUAACUGUUGGCAUGACCAACAAGGCCAAGAAAUGGAAUCUCAUGUUGCGGACCUUAAUGCUCAUGGCCCUGAAUAUGUAUGGUAAUGAUGCGACCUUUGUAAAAACUGUGGAUGAGUGGCUUUUUAGAGGCUUCGAUACACCUUUAAUUAAAAUGAGUAACAUGGUUCCCACUCACAUGAUGCCCGAACUGCAUUUCCCCUACGAGCGCGUAGGAUACGGUUAUCCGCGUAAUGGAAGCACGGAGGUUUAUGGUCAUCACAAUGUGUAUACCGGACAAGAUAGCUUCAGUAAACUGGGGCAAAUCGCGCGCUGGCGUUAUAGCAAUAUUUCCACCUCCUUUCCCAAGUGUAAGUUGAGGGGAAGUGUGGGGGAAUUUCAUCCGAUUCCAUUGCGAAAGGGCGAACCUAUAUCAUAUUUUCUCCCCGAUAUUUGCCGUGAGUUGAAGGUCGAUUAUGCAGGCACAACAGUCUUCGAGGGUAUCGACGCGUAUGUAUACAGGGGCAGCAAGAGAAAUAUGGCAAAUGGCACUGAUAAUCCAGAAAACAGCUGCUACUGCGAGGGUAAUUGCCAGGAUGUCCGGUCUGGUCUGUUAAACAUAUCCUCCUGUUGGUACGACGUGCCCAUCUUUGCCUCCUAUCCGCAUUUCUAUAAUGCCGAUCCGCACUAUCUUGAAGCAGUAGAAGGAUUGAAGCCUGAAAAAGAUCGUCAUGAAAUGGUUGUAAUCAUGGAACCCAAUACUGGCAUGUUGCUAGACAUCAAGGCGACCAUUAUGAUCAGCUUGCUGGUAGAACCACGCCCCGAAUCCGUCUUUCGCAAAACUCGUCGCUCCUUUUUUCCACUUGCGUGGGCCGAUUAUAGGGUACAAAUAUCAUCGGAUCUGCUCUUUUAUAUUAAAUUGUUGCCCAUCUCAGUGCUGGUUGGAAAGAUUUGCGGAAUACUUUUGGUAGUUUUGGGUCUAGCCCUGUUGCUCUACUACCCGCGAAAGAUAUACGUUCAGCGGCAGUUUAUGCGUGAAAUCGAUAUCACAAACCUUGAGAAUCGUAUUCAAGCAACUGCGGCAAGUCCCGAGCUCAAGAACUUCGGGGCGGAGGGAUCCCCACUUCUGGUGGGGCUACAAUAUAUGGCGUCGUCAGCUGAAGCGGAACACGCCAGUUGAGUAAAUUUUAACUGAAUGUAAAUUGAUAGGGAUACAUAUCUAGGGUUUUUUUAGUCUUAAUAAUAAGCGAUCACUUCAUAAGCCUCUCUGGGGUGCAUAAAAAAUGAAGCUAAACAAUCAUUUGUAUAUGUAUGUAUGUAUAUAACUAUAAGUUUCAUUCCAACUGAGAUUUAAAUAAAGAAAAUAUGACACCCACCAUGUGGUUGACUGCAUAUUAUCAACAUAU